AUGGCUUCCCGUGCGCCCGCUCUGGCUCUAGCCAUCUCCUUCGCCCUCCUCGCCACCUGCAUCGCCCAGUCCCCGGCUUCGUCCCCCACCGCCACCCCUCCACCCGCCUCGUCCCCUCCUCCCGCCGCCGCCCCUCCUCCAGUCGCCACUCCGCCUCCCGCCACCCCUCCUCCAGUCGCCACUCCGCCCCCCGCCACCCCUCCUCCAGUCGCUACUCCGCCUCCCGCCACCCCUCCUCCCGUCGCCACUCCACCCCCGGCCAUGGUCCCCACGGCGUCGCCGCCCCCUGCACCUGUCGCUCCCACGGUAGCUCCUACUCCUUCCACGCCGACGACCCCUUCGCCGGCUCCCGCGACGAAGUCGCCCUCGUCGUCGCCGUCUCCUAGUCCCACCACUCCCUCUGCGCCAGCGCCGGCGCCGACUACCUCGACUCCUGCCGACGGCGGUUCAGGGGCUUACGUGCAUGGGGUCAGCAUGGGAGUGGUCGCGUUGCUUGGAGGAGUCGCGUUGCUUAUGUAG